AUGAACAUUUCUAUAGGAAACUCAGAACUGACCCUACUUCUGACUUCUAGACAAAGGUAACCAACUAUCUGACAUUUGCUCUUGAUCAGAACUGGAUCUCUAAGCAUGAAUUUGACUACCUUCAUUGCAAAUUCCCUGUCAUACCUGUUUUCUAUACGCUACCUAAGAUCCAUAAGAGCCUAUACAAAUCUAAGGGCAGACCCAUCGUUGCCAGUAUUAACUCUCAUUAAGCCUAUUGUGCAAAAACUCAGAGCAUUCGUCAAAGAUUCUACAGAUGUGAUAAACAAAAUAUCAGAACUGUCUAAUCUCCCGGACAAAAUCAUAUUGGGUACAUCUAGAGAGCCUCUACACUAA